AAGAAGAAGAAGCCGUCAGCGGAAGUUUGCUUUAUGCUUCCUGGCGGGAACGCGGAGUAUUGAGAAGCUGCUCUUGGGAAAGAUUGUCGUUUCUAAACUGUAUUUAUCUCCUGUCUUAAAACCUACUGGAGGAAUCAUGCAGGCUUUUCUCAAAGGAGCAAAUUUUCCGACAAGCAAACCUCAGAAGGAGAAGUCAACAGCUGGACCGAGUGCAGAGAAAAAAACCAAAGCCAUUCCCUGGGUAGAAAAAUACAGACCCAAAUCUGUGGAUGAGGUGGCCUUCCAGGAUGAAGUUGUAGCCGUGCUGAAGAAGUCACUCAAAGGAGCAGAUCUUCCAAAUCUGCUCUUCUAUGGCCCUCCUGGAACAGGAAAGACCUCCACUAUCUUAGCUGCUGCCAGAGAGCUUUAUGGACCAGAGUUGUUCCGGCAGAGGGUGCUGGAGUUGAACGCUUCGGAUGAACGAGGCAUUCAGGUCAUCAGAGAGAAGGUCAAGAACUUUGCUCAGCUGACGGUGGCUGGGACUCGUCCAGAUGGGAAGAUGUGUCCCCCUUUUAAGAUAAUCAUCCUGGAUGAGGCUGACUCCAUGACGGCUCCAGCACAAGCUGCUCUCAGACGAACGAUGGAGAAGGAAUCUCGCACCACGCGCUUCUGUCUCAUCUGUAACUACAUCAGCAGGAUCAUUGAGCCUCUCACUUCCAGAUGUUCUAAGUUUCGUUUCAAACCUCUGGCCAAUCAGAUCCAAGAAGAACGUCUGCUAGAAAUAUGCGAAAAAGAGAAGCUCAAAUACUCUAACGAGAGCAUUGCGGCGCUGGUGCAGCUCUCUCAGGGGGACCUGAGAAAAGCCAUCACAAUCCUGCAGAGUGCAGCCCGUCUCAACGCUCACAAGGAAAUCACUGAGCAAGCUAUCGUUGAGAUAGCAGGGGUUGUUCCUUCCACGAUGAUCGAUAAUUUGCUCCAAAUCUGCUUCAAAGGGACAUUUGAGAAGCUAGAAGUUGCAGUAAGGAACCUGGUGAAUGAAGGUUACGCAGCAACACAGAUCCUGAGUCAGCUUCAUAGCUGUGUCUUGGAAAAAGACAUCCCUGACAUGCAAAAGUCAACCAUUGCAGAAAAGAUGGCGGUUACGGGAAAGUGCCUUGCUGACGGUGCAGACGAGUACCUGCAGAUACUAAGUUUGUGUUCAGUGAUCAUGCAGCAGGCUUCCCAAAGUUAAAUCUCUGCUGAGGAACCUCCUGUUACAGAUUGAGAUCUUUCCUCUUGUCCAGAACAGUUUGAUACUGGAGCCAGAAUAACCAGAUUCUGAUGGUUGUCCCCCUUUGCUAUACAAUGUUCAGUUUUAGAAGAUGGAACAUAUGUAACUCUUUACCAGGAUAUUGUUGUAAUAUUAUGGAGAAUAAAUAUUUUCUUUUUAAGAAGUGAAAA